AAUAACAAACACACAUUAAAAAAUUAAGUCCCCAUUGACGCUUCCUAUCCCCCUUCGUCUCUAAUCUUCCACUUCGAACCCCUCACUCCAUCUCCCCGGCGUCAUUAGGGUUCUCUGCUAUCCUUCGCCUCGGCCUUCGCUGGCGAUCCGAUCAAAGUCCGCGGUGGUGAUCCAAUUCUUUUUUCCCGGUCCGAUCGGUUCUCCGGUUCCGGUUCUACUCGGAGAUCUCAGCUCCGGGGAGACAAUAAAGGCUUCACCGAGUAUUGGAACUUUGUCGGAUCGGUUAACAGUGAAGAAUCCAAACGCCCUUGUGUUUCGUGAAAGGAAGGAUUUUGACGCCACGCGGAGCGGAAAUCCCUAUUGCUUAUUCUAUUUGCUGAAGCUUCCGGGUUCAGUAGAUCUCACAUUGCAUGAUGGCGAUCUCGGAAAGCGAGUUUAGUGUUUAUUUAGAUAUAAUGCGAGCCAUGAUUUAAGAUGUUACACAAAAGCAAUAUCAAGUUGGCUGCAUUAGUGGGGAUCACGUUAUCUGUAUUUUCUCUACUUGUGCAUCUCUUUGUUGCAAAUUACUCGGUGGGGGGAUUUAUACAAUACAAGUUGCAAGACGAUUAUCCAUACUCAUUGGGGCAUAAAUCUCGGCCUCGAAGAUUAUGGGGUCCAGUGACUUCUUUACAGGUCUUGCAUCCUUACGCCAAGCCAAGAAGUCCAUACCCCUCUGUUCCAAUUCAGCAGAAUGGUUUUAUAUACGCAAAGAUCUUUGGUGGGUUCGAGAAGAUAAGAUCUUCGAUCUGUGACCUUGUUGCUAUUGCAAGGCUCUUAAAUGCAACACUUAUCCUUCCAGAGAUCCAACAAAGUGUUCGAUCGAAAGGCAUCAGUCCAAGAUUUAAGAGCUUUUCUUAUCUUUACGACGAAGAGCAGUUUAUUUCAGCACUUUCAGAGGAUGUUGUCAUUGUGAAGAGUUUACCAUCAGACUUGAAGGAGGCUAGGAAAAGGACAAAAUUUCCUACAAUAUCACCCAAACCCUCAACUUCCCCAAACUUUUAUAUCAGAGAUGUGUUGCCUAAAUUUAAAAAAUCUAAGGUUAUUAGGAUAAUAAUCUCUGAUGGAGGAUGCCUUCAGGCAAUUCUUCCAUCAAGCAUGGAUGAAUAUCAGAGACUUAGAUGCAGAGUUGCUUUCCAUGCUCUUCAAUUCCGCUCAGAAAUUCGGGCACUUGGUAGCAAGAUGGUAGAGAGGUUACGAGCAACUGGCAGUCCUUAUCUAUCUUAUCACGCAGGCCUUAUGAGGGAUGUUCUAGCAUUUCAUGGAUGCGCUGAACUUUUCCAGGAUGUUCAUACUGAACUUAUCCAAUACACUAGGAAGCAGCUGAUAAAUCAAGAAGUAAUUGCUGAUGAUCUUGUUGUUGAUUCAUUUUCUCGAAAAAGAAAUGGCUCAUGCCCUCUCAUGCCUGAAGAGGUUGGACUUAUUCUGCGUGCAAUGGGUUAUCCAGCAAAUACUAUAAUCUACAUGGCCGGUUCUGAGACAUUUGGAGGACAGAGGAUUCUAGUUCCCUUGCGAGCUAUGUAUAUGAACUUAGUAGACCAUACUUUCUUGUGCAGUAAGAAAGAGUUGUCAAGCUUGAUUGGUCCUGAAUAUCCUCUCCCUUUAAAUAUUCCUCAGCCUCCUCCUGUGAAGAGUGAGAAACAACUUAUUGAUGAAUGGAAAAAGGCUGGGCCCCGACCACGACCCCUCCCUCCCCCUCCUGCAAGGCCCUUUUAUCAGCAUGAGAAGGAGGGGUGGUAUGGUUGGGUUGCAGAGACAGAUAGGGAGCCGGAUCCUUCACCUAUGGAUUUGAGGAACCAAGCACACAGGUUAAUCUGGGAUGCUCUCGAUUAUUAUGUCUCUGUUGAAGCUGAUGCUUUUUUCCCUGGCUUUAACAAUGAUGGUAGUGGUUGGCCUGAUUUUUCAAGUUUAGUAAUGGGUCACCGAGUAUACCAAACAACAUCUGGAGUAACCUAUCGUCCGAAUAGACAAAAGCUCGCUGAAUUGUUCAGCUCUGGACUCGAUAAUCUAUAUCAUCCACCGCAAAAUUGGACAAAAUUGGUGCGGGAUCAUCUUAACAGGAGCUUGGGUGUGGAAGGAUUCAUUGCAGAGGCUGAAUCAUCAAAGCCUGUAUCUUUUCUUUCGCAUCCUUUCCCAGAAUGUUCGUGUAGAACUUCCAAAUCUUCUGUUAUCCCUGAUCAUGCCAUGAGCAGCAGUCUAAAGUCACAAUACAGAAGUGAUGAUGAAUGCCCUGAAUGGAUGGCUCGUGGCCUAGCAAUGGCUUUCUCUAAUGCGCCCACAACUAAAGACGAAGAUGUUGAGGAGGGUGAAUUGCAAGAGGAUGAUGAGGCAGUCAGGCAGGCUGAAUCCGAUAGUGGAAACCGAAAUGAUGUGAGUAGAUCCCUUGAGCAGGAUGAAGAGAUGGAUCCAGAUGACUAAUUCCAUGAAAUGGGUACUGAAAGAACAGAAAAUAUUCAAUUUUGAAGUUGCCUCUUAGUGGGAGGCUCAAAGCGGAUGCCCAGAUUGUAAAAGUCUAACCCGAGCGCCAGCCAUGAGUUCGUGAUGAUUCUUGUUCGUCUACAGCGACGCCUACACCUCCCACAGAUGGUAUAGUGCAGCACUUGCUGUGUCUUCUUAUACAAUCACAGUAUGGAAAUCACCCUAGCAUUUUUGUUUUUCCUGCCCCUUGAACCCCUUUCAAGUUGAUCUGUACAUUUUGAUUUGUAUUCUUUAGAAUACAUAUUAGUUUGGGAAGGAGUAAAGUUUCUGAACGCUGUACAAGCUCCCCGGCUAUUGACUUGAUAUUUUUGGACCUAAAUUUUGGUGGUGUUUUGGUUUACCAA